AUGCACCCCAGGAGACCACUGUCCUUCUUUCAACCCUCCGCCAACCCCUCCGGGAGCUCUCAUCCCGCAGCCGGGCCCCAGGGACUCGCGGCCGCCGUUGCCCGGGGCCGUUGCCUUGGCGACGCCGCCGCGUUCCCUCCGCGGCCGGGCCGGAUCAUGGAGGAUCCCACUGGGCUGCCGCUCCCCGGCUCCGUCCCGCAGCCCCCGCCGGCCGCUUUCUUCGGGGACGUGGCGCCGGGCAACCUGGUGGUAGACAGCUUCGAGGCCGAGCUGCGGGACGUCCUGGGCUUUCUGCGGCGGCUGCGAGGCGCGGGGGAGGCCCAGCCGCGGCAGCACGACCUGCACCGCCGCGGAGCAAAUACUUUGUUUAAUAUUUGGAUCAAAUAUAAGCCUCGACUGCCAGAGUGGUAUUACAAUGAGAAACUUCUGAAAGUUGGUGAUUCCCUUGCUCAGAUCAAAGAAUAUAAGUUGGCACUUCUACAGUGCUAUGGAAGAUACCUUCAGCAGUUUGUUUCUGUAAAGUCUGAUGACAUCAUAGAUGAUGUGGAUCGCUUUAAAUCCACCUUUUUCCCAAAUGGUCUCAGGGAUAAAAAUGCAGCACUUACGUUCCAUGCUUUGCAAGAGAGAGAUGGUUGCGUUUAUCAGAUGGUUUGCAGCGGUGACAGAAAUCUCCAGAAUCAAGAGUCCCUGCAGACUUGUUUCAACAUCUUGUCCUCAUUACGACUCACUAUGCAAGUAGCUCUCCCUCAGGAGAGUUUGUCUUGGCUUAUCUACAAUGGUACCAUUCAUAUAUACACCAUAUGCAGACAUUUGAUGAUGAUAGGUCAGUCUGCUAAGGUCCUGGAAUACUUACUGUGGGCUAGUAUAUGUAUGGAAUUAUCCAUUCCACUUUUAUCUGUACAUUAUUUGACAUGGAGAGCAACCCUAUAUACUGCAGUUUCUCAGUGUUAUUUUGAUUGUCAAGACAGCAUCCAUGGAGAGAUAUUUGCUCGCCGUGGUCUGAUUAAAAUUGACGAACUAAAACAAUUAUCAAAUAUCAGUCCUUCAUUGGAACAUUCAAAGACACAAAAGAUUUUUAGAGAGGCCACUCUAAAGAUGUCAAUAAUGAUUUUCAAGAGAGCAGUAUAUGAAUCCAGAAGAAAACCGAAAAGCCACUUCCGAUCUAAGCCAAGAGUUAGCCUGAAAGAGGCACAAAAUCUGCCAUGGCCUCACACUACUACUGAAAGGCUGCUGACAGAAAUGUUCGACGGUGCCGCAGCCCAGUUCCUUGCCAUCCUGGAAGCUCUGUCUGAUAGUAGCAGGCAUGUGUUGCGCCCUGCUCCACCUGUGUCUGAUGAAAUUGAAAUGCAUGAUGUCAUUUCAGAGCUUUUUUUUGCAGGCCUGGAAAUCCUCUCAGGUGGAAUGAACAGUACUGAUAUUCAAGGAAGCUAUUGCACUGAUCAUUUUGGUAUAAUUAAUCCAUCAUCAACCCUUCUACAGUUGAUACUAACAGGAGAAAAGGGGGUGUCUGGAGAUGCUGCUGUGAAAUUUAUAAAAUUAGCUUUCAGCUAUGAAGAGUGGGACGUGUUUGAUUCUGCUAUUGAAUUUGUUGUUAAUUUUCUUCAGGCUCAAGAUGACCCAACAUGGAAGAAAGCUGAAAUGGAACUCAAACUUCUUACACUGAUGCAACCUUUACAAUUUCCAAAAAAAUUUAAACACAGUUUUUCUAUUACUGGUGGAAAUAAUACUGAAGAAGCUAAGAUGCCUCGUGGUUCUAAAACCAAGCAAACAUUCAGAAAGGGUUCCAUGAAGCACAGAGAGCCUUCUCAUGAUCUUAUGAUUUUGGCAACAACAGUGUUUUCCUGUGUCUGCACAUCUAAGCAGAAUAUCCAACCUGCCAAUGAAAUACUUGUUGAUGUAAUAAUGUUUUUGUGGCAGAAGUGUAAAACGGGACUUCAGCAAAUCCAACUGAUUGGAAGUGAUUGCUUAAAAUACAUCCACAAAUACAAAGCUUACCAAUGGGUUCAUGUUCUCUGGAUAAUAAAUGAAGUAAUUCAGAAGAGAAUCAUAGCAGACAUUGAUGCUGUAAUGCUUGCAGAGGUAACCUUAUGUCUAACUGCAAUAUUGGAAAACGCAGCUGAUUCUACAAGAAUAAGAAGUGCCUUUCUCUUACAAGAUGUAACCUGUGAUAUUCCUGAAAUACUGAUGAAAAGUCCUACAGAACAAUUACAAAUUGCUUAUGAAAGUCUUGAGAAAGCAAUUAAUGGAAUGAACACAUCUCGCUUAAUGACCCUUCUACCAGAUGGAAAGUCGAUAUUCGACAACUGCUGUACAAAGGUGGAUUCAAAUGAUCAGUAUUUGAAUUCUGUUUUGGGAUGUGGUAAUGAUAAGACAGGAACAGAUAAUGGUUUUGUAAUGGAUUUACACUUGGAGCUCAUUCGGACCCAACAUCGAAUAGCUGUGAAACUUCUUAAAAUCACACAAGGUGCUCAAAAGGAUGACAGAAGUCUUAAGUCUAGCAAGUCUCAUGUAAAGAACAUUAAAGAUUUCCAUUAUUUAACAGAGGCACUUAUAAUGAGAAAAAUAAAAAAGAAUAAGCUAUCUAGAGCAAUCUUUUUGAUGCAAAAGGCUGCACAGAAGUUCCCUGAAGAGUUAACCACUUCUUCCCAAAGGCAGCUACUGCAGGAAGCACUAACUCUAAUUGAGCAAGUUGAAGCUGAACAAAGUGCAUUAUAUCACAGUCUCACAGAAGCUAUGAGCAGCAAGAAAAAAAGCAGGACUCCUCCUCCUCCUCUGUUACUUUCUAGAUCACAUUGCUCCAUGACAUUUAAACCAGCCCCAUUCUCUUCAGAUACUCAGGUUUCAUGGUACAGUAUUUUUGGCUGUGUAGCAGGAGGCAGUAAUAUGAAAGUAAGGUUAAAUAACAAUAAACUUCCAAAUGCAGGAGAAGAGAUACCAGCUGAUGGGAAAAGCCUCUUGGAAAUACAAGGCUUAGAUCCCAAUGAGAAAUACAUAUUUGCAGUUGCAGCAUAUUCUUCUGAUGGAAAACUUAUUGGUGAUGCCAUUGGAGAAACAACUAAGCCAAUCCUCGCUUAUCCACCUCUUUCUGCUACUACUGUUCGAGCCUAUCUAACUGAGGUAGCCUAUCAGACUGGCAACUACACAUUAGCCAGAGAAGCAUUUGCACCAAUGUGGGAUUAUUUUGUUUCAAAUUCUUCUCCACUGCCUGCCAAUGCAGCUGUUAUUUCUGCAAGUAGUAAUUUGACUAUAUGUGAAAACAGGUUACGUAUUGAAACUGUGUCUCAGACUUCUUCUAUUACCUUGCACCUCUUUCUGAGGAACAUAUUUGCUGUCUCUGACAUUAAUGUCAUGGAAGGAGCACUCUUCUGUGAUUCCCUCUGUUCCAAUGAGAUACUUUAUAAGGAACAAGUUGCUAGAUUAGCAGAAUGUGAAAGAAUGACUGUGGCAAUUGAACUCAGCAAUUGGUUGAAUGAUGCAAGUUACACCCUGCAGUCUGUUGUACAAUCUUAUGGUCUCCUUGCUCCAAUUAUUUAUCACAAGAUUUCUUCUGUGCCAGUAGUUCAGAUCCUCAUUAAGUGCUUGGCUGUCCUUCAAGAAAUUCCAAGUGCUACUUUGCAGAGGAGGCAGGCAGGAUGUUACGAGAGCAUUCAGCAUAUGAUAGCUUGUGCUUCAUUUUAUACAGCAAAGGUACUACGUUCAUGGAAAGAAUAUGAACUAGCCGUAAUUAUUGUUAACUAUGGGAAAAAAUUGUUGGAUACCUCAUCAGCAAUCUCACCUGGCCAUUCAGGAGCUACAAAAACUGAAGAAACACACACUAACAAAGAAGUUAAAACCACUUCUGCAAAGAAAUCUCAUUUAGCUGCGAUGGAAAAAGCAACAGAAAAUCUAAGUGCUCUUGAAUCAAAUCUCCUCAAACUGACACAACCAGUUCGUGGAUCAGAGCUUAUAGGACAGGAAGAUCCUUUGUUCCUCUACCCUGUAAUUACAUGUUGGACAUCAAACCAUGCUUAUCAAGAAGUGAUGAAAUUCAGAAAGAAAUUACGUUUUCUUGAGUUCUUUGUUCAAGUUUUGCACAAAAUCCUGAAUGAAGAGAAGUUUCAAAGUGUGCUGGAUUGGGCAGGCAAUGUGCAACUUUACUUGAAAAGGAGGAAUGACCAAUUGAAUGGAAUUUCAACACGAGAAAUAAGUUCUCCCACUCUGCCAGAAGGCAUGGACAGAUACACUACAGAAGUGAAACCAGAAACAUCAACUUUGAAGAAACCGCAAAAAAAAGCCUUGAGUCCUAAUCUAAGAAGACAGACUCUUAGACAGUAUUUAAUGAAACGUCCAAACAUAAUGAGAAGUCCAGAAGCACAAAGGAAAUAUAAGGCAGAAUUGCAAAAAGUAGCUCGUCACACCUUAGUGGUACUCCUGAAACCAAUUGUGAUAAAUUACUUAAACCAAAAGAAGUUUCAUCAAAUAUGUCUUGAAGAGAUGCCCUGGAGGUCUCAGAUGAAUAUCUAUCUGGCAAUUGCAUGCUACAAUUUAUUUAGAAAGGAACUGGAAGAGCAAUAUAACAUUGGAAUUUGUGGUUCACAGCAUCUGGACAGGUAUAUCUUACUGUACAAUAUUUUGGAUCCUGAAACAUUCUCAUUAAAUAAUUCUGGCACUGUAGUGGUGAGAGAAGCUGCAGAGAAUGACAUGAGAACACCAACUUCUCUUCUUAAAAAGUCAGGAAUGACCGAAAAACAAACUUAUACAGAGAAGUCUCCUGAGUGCAGCAUUAAGCUAAGUGGAACAAAUAGUCCUCGAACUCAAAUGACAAAUGAUACAGAGAUAUCCGUCUCUCAUUCCCCCACAGAAUGCAACCAGUUUCUGUCAAAUACCAUUUUAUUGGAGCAUUUUACAAAAAUCUUUUUGCAUUUAAGAAGAGCAGUGGUUCUUGCUCACCGUGGUGGCCACUGGACAUUGCUUCAGAACGCUUGUCGAGAACUUUGGAACUAUACUCAAGAAUUACAGUUGAUUGCUAACCAUUCACAUUCCCAUACGGAUGCAUUUCCUAUUACCAGGGAUUUUCUUAGAAACACUGUCUGGUUGCCAUUUUAUUUGGCAUCAGACAUGAUCGUUGAUAUGAUAACUGAACUGCAAGCAAGCGGGUCUCUUAAGAUUGUGGAUCCUGAAGGAGACUUCUGCAUUCCCAGUUGUUUAGGAGGUAUUGCUCAUGAGAAUGGUGGUUCUAAUCUCCAUCCACAGUCUCCCCUGGAUGAUGUGAAUGUGGUUGACUUGAAAUGGAUAUGUAAUCUGAUUCUUAAAACAAUAGAAUUGUUAUAUCAAAUGAAGAAGUGGGAAGCACUGGUACACAUAGCUGUACAAUUUAACGUAUUUACACAUGAGAGGUACACAGAGCAAGUGAGUCCACUGCUGGUAUAUGCUCAGAGGCAGCUGCUGGAAAGGAUACAGCAAUUCAGUGGCCCUGACAGCCAUGAAUCUAAUUUCAUAAAAUAUCUAGCUGAUGAUGCACAUAAGAUGAGUUGCAGAAACUACAUAGGGCAAAAAUUACCAUUGCCUGUCACCCAUUCUGCUAAUGAACAGAUCUUUCCUGGAUCCUUUUCCUAUUCUGAGAAGAAAAAUGAUUAUACAGAUUGCAGUCAAGCAAAAGCUCUAGUUUAUGUACCUCUUGAUGUGAAUGAUACACUGAAAUGUUUUAGAGAAACUCUACAAAAAUCUAAAUAUCACAGCAGAGCACUGAGACACAGCAGAAAACUACUUUCAUUAUUUCUUGCUUACACACAAGAAAAUGCUGGAAGACCGAUCAGCAGUAAUACCUCUUCGAAAAGAAGGCUGGAAUUUAGUCUGGGACCUGAAAUGAUAUUUCGACCAACACCACAUGACAUUUCUCAAGAAAAAUUUAUUUUCUCCAGUAUGGUUGAGAGUAGACCUAUACCACAAUCACAGCUUUCAGUCAUUAUCUCUUCCUAUGAAAAAACAAUUGGAAUCCUUGAAAUAAACAACCAGAGAGACCUCAAGGUUCAGGCUCUACAUGAACUUGGAAAUCUUCACUUUUAUGCUGGAGACAAAAGAGCUGCUUUUAAAUAUUGGUGUCAAGCCCUUGAUGAAACACUCAACAUUGCUGAUGCUCUUAACAACUGGCAAAAGUUUGGUUUUCCAACAAAUGCUACAGACUGCUUUGCAGUUGGAAGAUUGACUGAUAUUAGCCAGAAAUUUCUUUCUCAGGCUGGAGUUUGGGGAUGUUUACAUGCAGCAGUCUUAGUGGCUAAGAUAGCUCAGUAUAUAACAACAUCACAGAUGAGAUUAAGAACUAAAUACUGCUAUUUUUCUGCUAUACUUUUUAAGACCCUGUUUAGAGCUUCUCUUCCACAUCCAAUAUCUGACUGUGACUUUGCACAAUAUGAAACAAAUAUGCUUAUUCCUGGUAUCGACUUGUUCUCUGAUCGCUACAGAGCUGAUAUCUCCACUGUAGUUGCAAGUCUGAAUUUCGUUACGUUUGAACUACAUUGUGCAAAACAAAAUUUAGUAAUUUUACCAUUGUUCACGUUAUACCAAUACCUUGUUUCUGAGAUUUGUAAGGACCCAGCUAAAUCUAUUGAAGGGAGAAUCUUUAAGAUUAAAGUACUUACAGAUAUAGGAUUUUUUAUGGAGGCCUUUCAUGAACUGUCUUUGCUUAAUUGUGGAGAGAGAAUUCCAUGGAAAAUACCUGCAGGAUACAGAGAAAUUGAACAAAUGCAGGCUUUACAGAAAUUUGACUCCUCAAAAUCUCUCCUGACCAUUACAAAUUUACAGGUACUGGAAGAUGUAUUUAAUUGGAAUCUGUCUUUAACAAUGGUGCCACUGUGCAACCAACAAAUUAUGAAUAAAUUAACCUUAGCCAAAAUGCAUUUCAUCAUUUGCCUUUCUGCCACAAUAAAUAAUAUACCUGAAAAAGUGGAAAAGCACGUCUAUUCUGUUGAUAGCAACAGCUUGAAGGAGCCAAGCACAAUUACAGAAUCAAAUGUAAAAGAUGAUGCUGAUAAGAAUUCAAGACAGCAGGAACAAAGAAGCACAGUGGUGCAGCUCGUAGACUGUAAAGAUGAAUUAAAUAUGGCCAUGCUGAAGGGGAUUUUAUUGACAAAAGCUGAAGAAAAUCUUAGCCAUCUUGUACAGAACAUACAGGACAAAUAUGAUGGGCAGAUCUCUCAAUGUUCUGCUGAAGAUUUAGAGGCUCUUAUUGAGGCUAAACUUCAGCUUGCUGCUAUUUCUCAGCAAAGGCAUCAAGCAGCUGUCACUGUUGCUUUGGCUUUCUCUGCAAUUCGACUUCUCCAAGAUGCGAAAAUUUUUAGGACUGAAGGGACGAAUUUUCAAGAAGAAAAGGAUGAAAGGCAGUGUUUGGACUCUUGCGUUAAAGAUGUUCGACUGCCUCACAGUAUAACAGCACAAGAUCAUAUGAACACACAUCUGUGGCUAAGGUUUCGUACAAUGUUAGUGACUGCACUAGUAACACAGAUACAUGGCGUUUGUGAUAUUAAAGAAAACAAUGUGGCUGAACGCAGAAGUGUGAUAGAAGAAGUAAUACUAGAGGCAGAAGCGUUUGGUGACACAGAGACUCAGGCUGAAAUGAUGGUGCAAGCUGCUAUUCUUGACCUGCAAGAAAAACGUCCCGUGGCAGGCAUUAAACUUCUUUUGGAGAAUAUCAUCAGUUUACUCCAAGAGGAUACAUUUAUUUCCCCUCCAGCUUCUUUUACUCUUGUGAAAAGUAUGCUUCUGCUGGCAGACAUACUAACACUCCAAACAGUAGAGGAUACAGAACAUUGCUCUUCUACAGUGGAACCAUUAAACUUACUGGUUUUGGCACAUGAGCUUAUCAUUAAAGAAAUUUUUGUUUGUGGAGAACUCAUUGAACAGCAAACAGAAGACAGUACAUUGACUUGCUUGGCCCUACCUGCAAAAAACAUCUACUUGCCACAUAUCAACUUGCUAGCCCACGUUAAAAUGAGAAUCGGACACAUAUUAGCUGAAAAAGUAGCCUCUACACCUGAAAGAGGAGAUCCACUGCAAUGGGUACUUGCUCUCAAACAUUUAGAAUCAGCCUUGAAGCUUUGCAGAGCAUCUGCAACAAAAAAACUAGAUAUGGAAGCUGAAAUUCUUUUUCAUAUAGGUAAGGUAGAACGCCAGAUAACUGAAGCAGGCAAUAACCGGUCAUCUCGAGCUGCUGAAACCCUGUUGGAAGCUAUAAAACUCAGCCAGCAACAUGAUCAAAAUUUUGAGUUAAUAAGAAGAUCAUACCUUGAAAUAGCACUAUUGUAUUUGCAUUUUGCCACAAAUAAUGAGGAUGUGUCACAGCCAGCUAAGAUGUUGCCUUCCAAAUCAAACACUUCUUUUGGAGAACGCUCUUCUCCUGAGGACACCCUGAAAUCAGAAGGCUACAGAGCACAAGCCUGGAUUGCAGUAAGAGCAGCUACACAGGUUAGUGAAGCUGUGCUUGCUUCUCAGCUAUUAAUUGGAAUGAAGAGUGUUAAAGAACACAGCAUGGAGGAUGCAGUGCAACAGAAAAUCCCGGAAUUUGCUUCCAUGGAUCUUGUUGCUUCGUACAGAGAUUUCUUAUCUGAUGGGUACAAUGUUGUCUCUGAAAGUCCCAAAGCAUUUUCUACUGAAAACAAGGAAAUCAUACAAGACAAGCAGAGCCAAAGUGAAGGAACAGAAAGUCUUACCACCAAGGCCAGACAGAAGAAAGAUACAAUAACAUGGGCUCACUUAAUUCGCUACUACAAUUAUUUAAAAAGGUUUUACAACACAAGCCUUCUAUUUGGACCUGGAUCAUUUUCUGCAAGAGAUGGACACCUUAGUUCUGUUUUUGACACAGGGAUUGUUCUACGCAUAGCAGAAAUGCAUUCAUUUCUUAAAAAGCAUUUGUUUGAAUAUUCAAUGUGUUGUCUUGAGAAUUUCCCAGAAGAGCUACAUGACGUAGAAUUGCAACUUGGUGAUUCUGAAUCUUCAAAGAUGUCUCUUGAAAUUACUGGAACUACAUCAAAUACGUCACAUGUGAGAACAGCUUCUCUAGUUUCUGUCAUCACAGAAGCAGACAUUCAGAGGGAGAGCAGGGCAGCAAAUGCUUCAGAUAAGGAAAUUAACAUUCAGUGGUACAUUCCUUCCCUGGCAAAGCCAUCAAACGAUACAGAGACUAAGGUUUUGCUGCUUUAUGCUUAUAAUACAGAGCCUGUCAAGAUUAGCAAUGUCAAGACUUUCAGUUCAAUGUCUGUGUUUUCAGGCUACUUGUGGAUUCCAUUGGCUAAAAUUAUUUCUUUACGGGAUAAAUUAUCUAAUCUGAAGCAGCAAGUAGAAAUGUUGAUGCAAAGUUCUAAAAGUUUGUCUUCAGCUUCAGAAUCUGCAAGUUUUCUUGAAGAAAGUGAAACUUUGAAAAGAAAUCCUUCAAAAAAAUCCCAAAUGAAUGUUGCAAAAAUACAUCUUGAUGAAAAAACAGAAGAAAUGGUGAAAAGGUGUUUAUCUGAAGUCAAAGCACUGCUGUCUGUUGUUCCAGCCUUGUCCUUGCCAUUAACUGAGAUCCCGUUUGAUGUUACUUUGCAAUCAAUAGCAAGUUUGGAAGAUAUGUUUGAUCCUGCCAAUGGAUGUAUAAUAACUGAAGAAAGUCUUUUCAAUUGGAUCAUUUCUCUGUUUCCCUAAAUUCUAUUUUUGCAAUAACUUAAUCAGUUGCUGAGUGCUAUAGAUUUGGAUUUAAGUUCUGGUGCUAAUGAAACAACCUCAUUAAUCACAUCAGGAUUUGGCUCCUACUGUGUUUUGAAAUUUUGAUUAUUUUAGCUUGUUUCGCAAUAUUUAAAAAUUAAUAGUUUUUAAAAUUGCAAUACAUUUCUAGAAAUUAAAAGUAUUAGAAGUAGUUUCUUAAGAGGAUUAAAAAUUUGAUUUAUUCAGUCAUCUAUAAUUAAGUGACUUUGUUGGGGGUUUUCUAGCUUUUCAAUAAUUUCUUAUUGUUUAGAAAAGCUGAACAGCCUUGUAGACUUCUAGCAUCUGCUAAUAGAUUCUGCUUUUUCACUGAAGUUUUAUUCUCAUCAGCAAGUUUUUAAUUGCUUUCACAGUUAUCAAGAGCUGGUUUUAUUUUUGAGGUUGAGAAUUAUUUUUUUUGGCCUAAAGUCAUCACUGAGUUUGUUCUUUGACACUUCUAUUUGGAAACCAGCAUUUCAGACUUUUCUAUCUUUUGUUGAAGAACAACCCAUCACAGGUUGUUGAGGGUAAAAGUGAUCAUUCAGAUGUCUCCAUAAUUUCAAAGCAUUUGUCUGAAAAAAAGACAAUUUGAAAAAUAAAAUACAUAUAGAACAUAUAUAGAAUAUAUAGAACAAUUUUGGACAUCAUUCUAAAAGGCUAACAAAACCUCUGCUUAUGUUGUCAAUAUUGUAAAUAUUGUAAAUAUUAUUUUAGAGCACUGAAGAAACCCUAAUGAGUACUAACAAUAGGCACCUGAGGAAACAUGUGUGUCAGAGAUGGGAAAUUUGUCAGGAAAAAGUGAGUUAGUUGAACAAGGCCACAGAGGAGAAUGCAGAAAGAUUCAGGUCCGAGACCUCACGGCUCUGAUUUUGCUCACACCAUAAGGCCAGGCACUUCUUCACUAGUAAUUUGUUUGCGAAAAACAGAAAAAGCCCCAGGAUUUUUGGGCAGGAGCCCUGUGAGACUUGUCCUGCCACUAGCUGUGCUUCUGUGCAGCUGUGAAGAUUCAGGACCCAUAGUUACCAUUCCUGGGUUCAGUUUCUGUGAAAAUUAAAUUAUUGGGUUGAAACGCCAGCCCCUUUCCCUUCAGUCAGGCUCUCACUGUGCUCUAGCCCAGUGACAGAACAAUAAAAUAUUUUGAGCUCUUUGGAAAUCCCAGAUUUACUUUGGUUUGUGCUUUUCAGAGAAAUGUUACCUGGUUUAUCAGUGAAGUUUUUUUCUACAGAGGCAGAGAGAGAGAGGUAAAAGAUUCAACGUAAUGAGUAUCUUAAAUGUGAUCAGUAACAGGAAGAAAUGGGCUUAGGUUUUCUGCUAUUUUUCUUUAUGCCUAUAUAGGAAAGGAGACUGGUUGUAUUUGUGUUAUGUGUAGCUUUUUAAAAGUUGAGCUGUUUUUUAUUUUGUGUAGCCUUUUCUGGAACGCUGUAAGUUGUAGGAAUAUGAGAGGGAUUAUGAUAUGAUGAUAAAAAGAAAGUAAAAACUGAGUAAUUGAUAGGGAAGGUAUUUUUGCAAGACAAUUUUAAAACUGAGUUAGAAUGGCUAUUUAACUCAACUGCUGAACAGCCAGUUUGGAGGAGACAUUCCUUAGCAUUAUUCUUUCAAUUAAAAGAAUUUAUUGUUCUGCAGUUCUUCAAAAAGCAGGAGAGAUAAAAAUUGACAUUACUCAUUUUUCUUUUACACAGAACAAGUAGAAAAUUGCAGCUUUUUUUUUGGAAAAGCUAUUCAGUCUUUCCCUAUGCUUUGUGAAAAGUAAAACACCUUUCUUUUUCUUUUUGGGGUCACCUUGAGGAUUAUCAUAGGACUUUUGUGCAGCUUAGUUAAUAUUUGUAAAACACUCUAUAGCAUCAGGGGAAAAUGGGAGUAAAGUUCCAUUACAAGUGAGGUGUUUCUUCAGUGCUGCCACUCUGGACCUUGUCAUAAUUCCUACUUCAAAGAGAAAUAUCAAAUAAAAUACUUUACAUAUGAAUUUAGAAUACAUUGCAGUUUCUAAGAUAUUUUUGGUGCAACAAAAAUAUUAUUAUACCGCAUCCUUUAACACAGCACUGUAAAAUAAUAAUGUUGAAGUGUUGACCUCAUUGUAUCCAUAGCAGCAGAUUUUACUCUUAUAAACAGAGCAUUAAGUAUUCAAUGCAGGCUUCAGAAGAAAACAUGGGAGAAAACAUUUUUCUUUUAGCAUAUAAUUAAGCUCUUUAUUUAAAAUCUGCUUGUAAAGAAGAAAGCUCAUAUCUAAACAUCUCCAGUAAUUGCACAGA